GUCUGCGCGCGAAACGAACGCAUAACAGCGAGCGUGAAAGUUAUAUUCGAAACUUAAAUUUGGCGCCAAACCUACAAAAUCCAAACUCUUGUUCUUAAAUCAAAUCUAAAUAUACACAGAGUAUUUAACUUUUUUUAACGUUGACAUUUUAAACUUUGUGCUGUGGUUAGUGUUAUUGGUGUAGUUUUUUAGUGACUUUCCACUUUCCGCUCGUGCAGGAUGACUCACACACGUAAUAUAAAGGCCUGGGUAUGCAUCGUGUGCAUGGCCACAUCUCUGGCCGCCCCGGCACCUCGACCGACCCUGACAUUGGACAUCAUCGACAUGGCAGCAAUCAGCAGAAUGACGCCACAACAGCUGGAACAUCUCGCUGAAGGCCUGGCUGCCGAAGAAAUCAUGAGAACCAAACGUUCUUCAGCACAACAAGCACUAACUUCAGUGGUAUCCAAAGCAUCGUCUGGUAUCCAGAGCAAAGUGGGUUUACUGGGACAGGCUUCAGCCGGAGCUGCCUCGCUGUUCGCAUCAGCUUCCAGUAAGACGGGACAUGAAGAACACCAUCCUGGAUAUUCAUACGAGCCGCACGAAGAGAAAUACGACUUUUUAGGAUUAAAGAAAUCCAUUUUCUACACCCUCUUCCAAGCCGUUAAGGCGAUAACUGGUGGAGUGACCAUCUUGAAAGGACAGCUCAUCAAAGGCGGUGGCCACCUGGCUGCGACCCUCGGGAAAGUCAUCUCUGUGAAGGGAGACGCCGUUAGCAACUUGGGGAAGAAAAUUGUGAGCUCUGCAGCCUUGAGUGAGAAGAAGCCCCAUGCCACAGCAGUAUAUGGGCCUCCUCCAUCACAUAUAGAGUUCGCGGCGCCAACCGGCUACAGCGCCCCCACUGCGCCUGCCCAUUAUGCCCAUUCUGCGCCCACAGGUUUUGCAGCACACAAAUAUCCAUCUCAAUUAGACGGACGUGGAAAAUUGAACGGUGUGCAUGCCGGAGUCGUAAUAUUGACGCCGCUGGGCGAGCCUUCUACGAGCGAGGCACAUCAGCCAGGAUACACUCCCCUUGAACCCCCACCUUCCAUCCUAAACUCCGUGUACUCCGCUAUAAAAGGCGUCUUCUCAGCAGCUACACAUGAUCAUCACUCACUCCCUUCAUACCAAGAACCUCCCCCGCCUCAACCCGCUCCCCCAUUCAAACCAAUGUCAUGGGGCGCCGUAGACUCUUACGGAGAACCAGCAAUGGUUGAAAGUUAUCCUGAAUAUGAUCCACGUAACACUGCUAAUUCGAACAUACCUUACGAUUAUGUUACUGCAAAAAAAUCCGUGAUUCCUUCUAUUUAUAAGCACGAAGGUCUAACACCUGCUAAAAUCCAAAAGAUCAACCACAAUCUAGAUAAACUAGCUGCAUAUAUGAAUGAAAACCAAAGAUCCUCUGAAGUAGGGCCAAAUUUCAACAAAGACUACGUGAAAAUGUUUCAUAAAGGUCAAGUCCCAUUCUUACCAACUCCUGUGAUAAGUGACAAUGAAAUAGGUGUCCUUCCCGCUGAAUCACUCCCUGAUAAUGAUUCCCUGACUAGUAGUACUACUACGUCCACUUCCAAACCAAAUAAUACGACUGAAAGUGAAAACACUCGGAGGAAGAAAGAUUUAAAGUUUAUUCUGCGAGGGAACAGGAUCGUUCAAGUUUGACCAUUGACUGAUGACUGACUGAGAUAUUCCUGCAUAUAAUACAGGACUUGAUGCGGAACAUUUGCAGAAUUAUCAAGUUUAGACUUCAACAGAACUGCCUUAAAUAUAGUAGACAAUAUCACAAUACUUAUGUGUAUUUUACCGCUUAAAAAGAUUUGAAAAAUUACUUAUUUUACACCUACUUAGACAAAUUUUUUUUGCUAAAAGUAUGCUUAUAAAUGUAAUUUAUAUUAUAGCAUUGCAAAAUUAUUUUGGAAAUGAUAAUUUGGUAUGAUUUUUUAUACUAUAAUAUGUAAGUGAGUAAGUUAUUAAUAUGUUUAAGAUAAAUCCUAAUAUUAUUUGAAAUAUUGAGCAUUUAUCGUGUAUCAAUUAACAAUAAUUGUGUUUUGACAGAAAUUGUAAAAUUUAAAUUUAAUGUAUUGUAAUUAGGCCAUAUUGUAAGUGUAUUUUAAAAACAAACAAGAAAUCAUCACGUUAAAAGGCCAUAAACACAGUAACAAAAAGGCAAGGCAUCCAAAACAUACUGGACUGUAAUAUCGCGAUAUAUAUAAUAUGUCACAAAGACAGGGACGUGACAAACUCACGGGGCGGGAAAUACAUUGCUGACGUUGUUUUGCUGUUCAAUCCAUUCGUUCGGUACAGAGAACCGGUGAAACAAUACAGUAAUAAAACAGUAGUUUAACUUCAUAAUAGAGCGCUCGAAUCGACGCAUGCACACAUACACACGAUUUACACGUCCGCUGAGAGAUCUUGGGAUGAUAAAACUAUUGAGUGCCGUACGGCGCCGAGACUGGUCCUCUAAAUGAUUCAGAUCUUUUAUAGAGGAUUUAUAUUAUGGGUGUAGAUAAAGUCUUGUAUGCAACUGUUGAUAAUUAGGUAUUAAAACACUCAUGUGAUACUAUUAUUAACCCAUAUUCGUGUUUUAAUACCCUUUAUUACACAACAGUUGCAUAAAUAACUUUAUAUGUACCAUCCCUAGCGCUUCGUCCAGCCGUAGGGCUAAAUAUCAAGGAGACUGAUGAGUUACGCCACUGUUCUAUUGUGCUAGUGACGUCUUGAUUGAUGUUUACAACACUAGCUCUUUAGAUCAGAGUCUCUGUUAACGUGUUACGGUUCCUAUGCAUUUACAACACGUUCCAGUUUUGUUUGAGCCUGUCACGUCGCCGCCCGUGUAUUAUCUCGUUAGGGCCAGGCCACAACACUGCGUUGCGGCGUCAUUCAACUAGCUUUCAAAUUCAAAUAAUUUAUUCAAAUAGAAAAUCAACUCAAAAACCGAAAGCUUUUGUUAAAGUGUUUUUUAUUAAAUUAUUAACCAGUCUACAUAAUACUUAGGGCCAUGCCGGCGUCGUAGAUUUUUACGAUUCUCCGCCGCAACGCAGUGUUGUGGCCAGACCCUUACGUAUGCAGUGUCCUUUGACGUAUGUUUUUGAAUUGAAGACUUCUUGAGGUACGUUGGGUACUAUUGGUAUGAGGAAAAAGCACAGAACUCAAGUUACUGCCUCGCAAGAGAUUGAAGUAUAUAAUAUGAUACAUAGAGCGGACGACAUUAAAAAUUUUUUGCAUGAAAAAUUUGCCAAUGAACGCUCUAUGAAUUUAAUCUCUUUGCCGUUGGAAUUUGAAUAAACUUAACCGUAGAAACAUAAUCCUCUUCCAGUAGUUACCAUACGUAUUGGUUUUAGAAUAUAAUUAUAAAAAUGUGAGGGUUGUGAAAUGAAAAUUUAUGAAAGUAAAAUAAAAACACUUCCUUGGAAUGUUAACUGAAGGAAGAAGUUUCAAAUUUCAAUUCUGACGACUGUCAGUCUUUUUUUUUGCUGUGCUUUGCGCUUUGGCAUUAGAACAUUAUAAUGUCACCUUGUUGAUCAUUGAAAGAGUUAAUUCGGUUCAGAAUAAAAUUAUAAUUUAAUGGAAACUAUCUAUCUAUAUAUUGGAAACUAUCACACAUAAAGUAUGAUACUUUAUGUGUGAUAGUUUCCAAUAUAUUCUAAUUAGUGGAUAUUUAUUUAUUCCGAAACUACACAAUAUAUAAAUAUAUAUAAACUAACCGUACGAGAUUUCGUUAAUAAAACCUUUUUUGUUGAACAGAUCGGAAUAAAAAUAACACAAAUGAAAUUAAAAUAAAAAAAUACUUGUCUCGGUUACCUAAGUACAACAAGUAUAGAUUUAUGAAAAAAUAUUUAAUGUACAGAUACGGCACAUCCAAAAUUAUAUUAUGUACCAAUAGGUUGAUGUAGAUAUGUAAGUACGAAUUGUAAAUAAUUGCUCAAGACUUAUUUAUAUUAUAAUUAUUUUUGUAAAUAAAGUGUGAGGGAGUUA